AUGGCUCUUCUGGGACACCGGUCUCUUUUUGCGACCAGUCCUGCCCAUAUGAAGCUCGAUCGUAAGUACUCUGUAUUUGACCUGCAGAGAUAUAUUAGAAUCUACCACUGGGGGAAAAAGAGUUCAAAUCAUUUCUGGAUCGAAGUUCUGCCCUUCCGAUUCAUAUCGUACCGGCUUUCUUCAUAAAAACUGGGGAUUCCAGAUUGGACCAAGAAAGUUGCUUCUCGUCUUCAAAUUUCGAAGUCAAGCGAGGAGAAGAAAGCCGGGGCUCGCUACCGCGUGGUGGCAACGGCCCACAAUGACAAGGGGCCCAAACCUGGAAGAGCGGCUCACCCGAUUCGGUGA